UUUCUCUACAGUCUAUCAACACGUACAAUUUGUGAUCGAAGUAAAUAGUAGAAUUAGGAAGUAUGCAAGAGACUUCAUUGAAGAGCAUCGUCAACUUAAUUGAAGCUGACAAAAACAAAGCAAAUUAAAUGUGUGUGUGUGUGAGAAAUAUCAGAAAAAACAUGGUUUUAAGCAGAUGAACUAGUGAUUAACUUCCCUUUUAACAUUUUUAGUUGCUUUAUUUCUCAUUCGAAAGAAAACAAAAGGAGAGAGUGAGAGGUGAAAGAAGAUGGAAACCGCAGUUCCAUUUAUAGCGAUGGUAGUUCAGCAAUUAGCACAAAUUGGAUCUAUGGUGGCAGCUAAAGUGGCUAUGUCAAGUGGGAUGACUCCUUUCACUUUUACUUUCUACUCAAGUGCCUUUUCAACUCUCAUUCUUAUUCCACUGUCCUUCCUGCUCCAUAGAUCAGCUCUUCCACCUCUUUGGCCAACCUUUCUUUAUGGAUUUUUCUUGCUUGGCCUAACGGGUUUCUUGAUGCAAGUGCUUGGAAUUCUUGGACUUCAAUAUUCCUCUUCAUUACUUUCCACAGCAAUAUUACAACUAAUUCCAGGUUUCACCUACAUUCUUGCCGUCAUUCUCAGGAUGGAAAACUUUGACUACAAGAGUUUGAACACAAUGGCUAAAUCUGUUGGGACAUUGGUAUCAAUAAUAGGUGCAAUUGUUGCAACUCUAUAUAAAGGUCCUCAAGUUUUUGGAAGCCCUUUGAAUUCAAUAUUAGCAGCUCCUUCUCAUUUUCUACUCAACCAAUCUUCUGCUUGGGUAAUUGGGGGUUUGCUUAUGAUGAUUACCUCUCUAAUAGCUUCAGUAUUUAUCAUUUCAAAGGCAUUUGUCCUUAAGAAAUACCCGGCAGAGUUGAUUGUAAUGUUGUUUUAUAGCAGCUGUAUUACAAUUUUGUGUGCUGCUUUCUCUUUAAUUACUGAAAAAGACUUGAAUUCUUGGAGCGUACGCCCUCUUAGCAGAUUAAAGGCUCUCGUAUACUCGGUAAUUAAGUAGAUAUAUAUAUAUGUUCCUUGAUGCAUGAAUAUGUACAUUUAAUUUACCAUUAUAUGUGAAUUGCUUGAAAGUAAAAUACAUCAAAUUUGGAGGGUCAAAGAGUUUUAGUAAACGUAUUUUAUGGGG